AUGGAAGAAGAUAAGAAUGUUCCACUCAUAUUGGGGCGACCUUUCUUAGCCACUGGAAGAGCAAUUGUCGAUGUUCAGAAAGGGCAACUAAUAUUGAGGCUUGGUGACGAGCAAAUCCCAUUCAACGUGUUCAAAGCAAUGCAAUUCCCUACUGAGGCAGACAGUUGUUUUCAGAUCGAUCCAUAUAUGCGCAAACGCUACUAUGAAGAGCUGGGAACUAGGACUGCAAAAUCAGUGCCAUCUAUUGUAAAACCUCCCAAAUUGGAAUUCAAACAACUGCCACCACAUCUUCGAUAUGCGUACCUGGGGAAAUCUUCUACACUACCGGUUAUUAUAUCAAGCAUUGUCAGUGAGGUAGAGGAAGAGAAAUUACUUCGGGCAUACAGAAGGAUGCCAUUUGGAUUAUGCAACGCUCCCGCUACCUUUCAGCACUGCAUGAUGGCUAUUUUCUCAGACAUGAUUGAGAAAUUCAUCGAGGUAUUCAUGGAUGACUUCUCUGUGUUUGGAUCUUCAUUUGAUGAGUGCUUGGAGCAUCUAAGUCUUGUGCCACAACGGUGUACGGAGACCAAGUUGGUGUUGAAUUGGGAGAAAUGUCACUUUAUGGUAAAAGAAGGCAUCGUACUAGGGUUCUAUAGAAGAUUCAUCAAGGAUUUCUCAAAAAUUACCAAACCUCUAUGCUGUUUAUUGAUGAAGGAAUCCACAUUUGAGUUUACUGAUGAGUGUCUACAGGCCUUUAACACUUUGAAAGAGAAGUUGACUUCAGCACCUGUAAUUAUCACACCGGAUUGGAAUCUGCCAUUUGAAUUAAUGUAUGACGGCAGUGAUUAUGCUGUGGGAGCCGUGUUGGGUCAACGAAGGAAUAAGGUAUUUCACGUGAUCUACUAUACAAGUAAGACUUUGAACGAUGCUCAGUUAAAUUAUGCCACUACGGAGAAAGAGCUUCUUGCUAUAGUCUAUGCAUUUGACAAAUUUCGAUCAUACCUUGUGGGGUCGAAGGUCAUAGUCUACACAGAUCAUGCCGCUAUCAGGUACUUAAUGGAAAAGAAGGAUGCUAAGCCACGUCUCAUUCGUUGGAUAUUACUACUUCAAGAGUUUGACUUGGAAAUUAAGGAUAAGAAAGGCAGUGAAAACGUGGUAGCGGACCACCUCUCUCGGCUUGAGGACACAGAACGGAUAAAGACAGUGGAAAUAAAUGAUAUCUUCCCAGACGAACAGAUUUUUGGUGUGAUGGAAACACCCUGGUAUGCAGAUAUAGUUAACUAUUUAGCCAGGUCUAUCAUACCGUCAGAUUAUUUAAGUCACCAGAAGAAGAAAUUCUUCGUGGAAUUAUUCGACGUUUGGGGGAUCGACUUCAUGGGACCAUUUCCACCAUCUUUUUCAAAUCAAUACAUAUUAGUGGCUGUGGAUUAUGUAUUGAAAUGGGUCGAGGCUGUUACAUUGCCUACCAAUGAUGGGAAAGUGGUGAUUGAAUUUUUAAAGAAAAACAUUUUUACCCGGUUUGGAACACCGAGAGCCAUAAUCAGUGACAGGGGCACACAUUUCUGCAAUCGUCAGUUCGAGCAGUUGUUAGCAAAAUAUGGCGUUAAGCACCGUGUAGCCACCGCAUACCAUCCCCAAACCAGCGGACAGGUCGAAGUAUCCAAUAGGCAAUUGAAAAAGGAUUGGUCAAAGAAACUAGAUGACACCUUAUGGGCCUAUAGGACUGCAUUCAAGACCCCUAUAGGUAUGUCACCGUAUCGACUGAUUUUUGGGAAAGCAUGCCACCUACCUCUUGAGAUCGAACACCAUGCCUAUUGGGUGAUGAAGAAAUUAAACUUGGAUUUGAAGGCUGCGGGCGAAAAAAGGCUCUUACAACUUAAUGAGCUGGAUGAGCUCAGGCUGGAAGCCUACGAGAAUUCAAGAAUCUACAAAGAGCACACUAAGAAAUGGCAUGACAUGCAUAUUCAGAGAUGUGACUUUAAGGUGGGGCACAAAGUGCUACUCUACAACUCCAGGCUUAAACUGUUUCCAGGAAAAUUGAGAUCGAGAUGGUCUGGUCCAUAUACCAUUACACAGGUGUUUCCACAUGGGGCAAUUGAGAUCACUCAUGACAGCAAGAGGACAUUCAAAGUUAAUGGACAGCGUUUGAAGCACUAUUGA